UGAUUUUACAAAGUGAAGGUAAUCACAACAUAACCUUACAUUUUACUUGUAUGCUACAUGUACAAUUUUUCUAUUCUGUUAAUGUAUAUUCUGUUAAAUAUUUUCAGGACUAGGUGCAUUUCCGCUUCCUGUACCAAAAAAAAUAUGUCUUUCAAAUAUCCAGAAGCACGUAGAGAUGAAACCGUUAAAGAUAAUUAUUUUGGAACUGAAAUUGCUGACCCAUAUAGGUGGUUAGAAGAUCCAGAUUCUGAAGAAACCAAAAAAUACGUAGAUGCCCAAAACGCCAUCACUAGACCCUAUUUAGAUGGUUGUGGUUUCAAAGAAAGCAUCAAAAAGAAAAUAACCCAACUUUGGAACUACCCGAAAUUUUCGACCCCAUAUCGCCAUGGGACUAGAUAUUAUCAAUACAGGAACACCGGUCUGCAAAACCAAAGCGUCAUCUACGUCCAAAAAGACUUGGUCAGCAAAGCUGAAGUUUUCCUGGAUCCCAACACCCUGUCCGAAGAUGGAACUGUAGCUCUCUCAGGGACUGCUUUUUCCGAAGAUGGCAAAACUUUUGCCUAUGGCUUGAGCAGUAGCGGUUCUGAUUGGUUAGAAAUCAAGUUUAAAGACGUGGAAACUGGCAAAGACUACAAAGAGAUUUUGAAAAAAGUUAAAUUCUCGCCGAUGACUUGGAUGCACGACAACAAAGGCUUCUUCUAUGGGGCAUAUUUGGAUCAAAUGGGGAAGGCUGACGGUUCAGAAACUAAAACCAACGAAAACCAAAAAUUGUACUACCACGAAUUGGGCACCGACCAGUCGCAAGACAUCGUCGUCGUGGAAUUCGAUGACCCCCAUCUGAGAAUUGGGGCACAUGUGAGCCAUUGUGGCAAAUAUCUUGUAAUAACGGGAACCAAGGGGUGCAAAAAUAAUUUGCUUUAUUUUGCUCAAUUAGAUUCGGGGAAAAUUACAGGGAAAUUAAAAUUGACUGAAGUCGUGGCUGAGUUUGUGGCCGAUUUUGAGUACAUUACAAAUGAUAAAAACUUGUUUUAUUUUCAUACAAAUAAAAACGCAUCGAAUUAUCGUAUCGUCAUUAUUGACUUCGAUAAUCCAAAAGAAUCCGAAUGGAAAGACUUGAUUUCGGAACAUCCGAAAGAUGUUCUAGACUGGGCUCAUGCCAUUAAUGAAAACAUGUUAGUCGUUUGCUACCUCCAGGAUGUCAAAAACAUUAUGCAACUAUAUGACAUUAAGAGUAGCAAUAAGUUACACGAUUUCAAAUUAGAUGUUGGAACAAUUUCGGCUAUUUCUGGGAAAAAGUACCACAAAGAAAUGUUUUUCAGUUUUUGUUCAUUCCUUACCCCCAAUAUAAUCUUUAAAGUUGAUUUUGAUCAAGAUUCAAUUAAGGAAACGGUAAGUCAUUUCGUUGUUUUCAAAAACGAGUUAAUAGAUUCUUUAAAGCUUUUCCACGAGACUAAAGUCGGCGAUUUUGAAUCGUCAAAAUACGAAACCAGGCAAGUCUUCUACAAGAGUAAAGACGGGACUGAAAUUCCUAUGUUUAUCAUUAACAAAAAGGGACUUGUAAAUGAUGGUACAAAACCUUGUCUACUUUACGGCUACGGAGGUUUUAACGUCAACCUCACUCCAUCGUUCGGAGUUUCUCGUUUGGUUUUUAUUGAGAAUUUUGAUGGAGUUUAUGCUUUGGCCAACAUUCGAGGAGGGGGGGAGUAUGGCGAUAAUUGGCAUAAUGGGGGCCGUUUUGGCAAAAAACAAAACUGCUUCGAUGACUUCCAAUACGCUGCGAAAUAUCUCGUUGAAAACAAAUAUACGAAAGUUGACAAGCUCGUAAUUCAAGGAGGCUCAAAUGGUGGCUUGUUGGUGGCCGCUUGUAUCAACCAAGCACCCGAGUUGUUUGGCGCUGCCAUUUGCCAAGUCGGAGUAUUGGAUAUGCUUCGUUUCCAUAAAUUCACCAUUGGUUAUGCUUGGAAGUCUGAUUAUGGUUGUUCCGAAGAGCAGGAACAAUUCGAGUAUUUGUACAAAUACUCGCCAUUGCAUAAUAUUAGAGUUCCGCAAAAUAGCGGGCAAUAUCCCGCCACCCUUCUUUUGACUGCUGAUCAUGAUGACCGCGUUGUUCCUCUACAUUCUUUGAAAUUCAUUGCAGAGUUGCAAAACAAAAUUGGACGGUUGCCAACUCAGAAAAAUCCUUUGAUGAUCAGGAUAGAAACACGUGCCGGGCAUGGAGCAGGCAAGCCUACCUCAAAAAUUAUUGAAGAAGUCACUGAUACGUUUUGCUUCAUCUCGCGAGCCCUGAAUCUUACCUUUUCAUCUUAAGUAAUGUACCAUUAUUUUACUUUCUAUCCGACUUAAGUUUUUUGCCAUGUUAUUAACGUGUUGCUUUUUGUACGUAAGUGAAAAGCUUUGUUACCAUUAUUUUAAUUAAUGUAUUGUUGUUAAAGUGACGUGUCUUCAGCUUUUUGAUAUCAAUAAAACUUCAAAAUGUAAA